CGACCGUUGCCUGGGUUGUGGCGGUGGAGGGGUAGGCGCGCUUUGCGGCAUGGCGAUGGCGGAGGGUGAGCGGCCUGGCUGUGCGCCUCCCCCCCGGGAGGACCCGCCGGCUGACGGCGCCCUGAAGCGGGCCGAGGAGCUCAAGACGCAGGCUAAUGAGUACUUUAAAGGCAAGGACUACGAAAACGCAGUCAAGUUCUACAGCCAGGCCAUUGAGCUGAACCCCAACAACGCCAUCUACUAUGGCAACCGCAGCUUGGCCUACCUGCGGACAGAGUGCUACGGCUAUGCCCUGGCCGAUGCCACCCGGGCCGUGGAGCUGGACAACAAGUACAUCAAAGGCUACUACCGCCGGGCCACCAGCAACAUGGCGCUGGGCAAGUUCAAGGCAGCUCUGCGGGACUACGAGACGGUGGUGAAAGUCAAGCCCAACGACAAGGACGCCAAGAUGAAGUACCAGGAGUGCAACAAGAUUGUGCGGCAGAAGGCGUUCGAGCGGGCGAUCGCUGGGGAUGAGCACAAGCGCUCGGUUGUGGACUCCUUAGACAUCGAGAGCAUGACCAUCGAGGAUGAAUACAGUGGCCCCAAGCUAGAGAACGGCAGAGUGACCCUGAGCUUCAUGCAGGAGCUCAUGCAGUGGUACCGAGAUCAGAAGAAGCUCCACAGGAAGUGUGCCUACCAGAUUUUGGUGCAGGUGAAGGAGAUCCUGUCCAAGUUAACCACGCUGGUGGAGACCACGCUUAAAGAGACAGAGAAGAUUACAGUCUGCGGGGAUACUCAUGGCCAGUUCUAUGACCUGCUUAACAUAUUUGAGCUCAAUGGUCUGCCUUCUGAGACCAACCCCUAUAUAUUUAAUGGAGACUUUGUGGACCGAGGCUCCUUCUCCGUGGAAGUGAUCCUCACCCUCUUUGGCUUCAAGCUGCUUUAUCCCAAACACUUUCACCUCCUCCGAGGGAACCACGAGACAGACAACAUGAACCAAAUCUACGGCUUUGAGGGGGAGGUGAAGGCCAAAUACACAGCACAGAUGUUUGAGCUAUUCAGCGAGGUAUUUGAGUGGCUACCCCUGGCCCAGUGUAUCAACGGCAAGGUGCUGAUCAUGCACGGGGGGCUGUUCAGUGAGGAUGGGGUCACGCUGGACGACAUCCGGAAGAUAGAGCGGAAUCGGCAGCCCCCCAGAUCAGGCCCAAUGUGCGAUUUACUCUGGUCAGAUCCACAGCCCCAGAAUGGGCGCUCGGUCAGCAAGCGAGGCGUGAGCUGCCAGUUUGGACCGGACGUCACCAAGGCCUUUCUGGAGGAGAACCGGCUAGACUACAUUAUCCGCAGCCACGAGGUGAAGCCCGAGGGCUACGAGGUGGCCCAUGAUGGCAAAUGUGUCACUGUCUUCUCCGCCCCCAACUACUGCGAUCAGAUGGGUAAUAAAGCCUCUUACAUCCACCUCCGCGGCUCAGAUCUGCGGCCCCAGUUCCACCAGUUCACAGCAGUGCCUCAUCCCAACGUCAAGCCCAUGGCCUAUGCCAACACGUUGCUGCAGCUGGGGAUGAUGUGAGGGGGGAUGGCAGGGGCCUGGGCUGGGGCUCCACGGGAGCUGUCCGCUGCCAGCCAGGAGGCUGGCCUGGCCCAGAAGUUGGAGACCAGAGGAGUUCCACCUGCUUUUACUUUGUACACUUGGUAUUUAUUCCCCCACUUUGGUUCAAGGGGUGUGCAUCCCCAGGACAAUGGGCAUUUGUGGGCUGGGGCUUCUAGGGGCUUGUUGCCCCAGGGCAUUCUGGGAGGAGGAGGUGAGAGCUUGGGGAGGGAAGAAGGGCAGGGCCAGGGGAGCUGCUCCAACCCCCCUUCGUUUGCAUGGCUCUGCCCCUUUUCCACCCAAUCACUGAAGCAAUAGGCCCCUCGGAGGGGCUGGGGGUCAGGGGUCCUCUGCGUUCAAUCCACCAAGGGCUCUUAGUCUCCAGAGCCCCCAGGGAGGGGCUGAGAGCCAGGCCCGCCCAGAGCCCUCCCCUCCCACCCCAAGCUAUUUUACUGUCUGUAAUUAAAUAUGUUAAAAUAAAGUCAUUAUUGUCUCCAGCCCCGCUGGGGGUGAAUCCAA